UUAGGGAUGAUAAUAAAGAUGCUUGGUUCCUUGUAAGAGUAGACUACAGCCGUGCAGAGCAGGUACAUCUUCUUCUUCCAAUAAUAGCACGUCUAUAGUGACAGAAAUGUAAAUCAGGUGUUUACCGACUCUAUAUUGGCUAUGCACAUGAAAAAAAGGUAUCCAGUUCAUCAUCAUCAUCAUGUGAAUGUAAUGCCAGUCAAUUAGAGAAAAUGGCUGGUGACGGACAAGAAUGGGAAGAAGUAAUCAUUCUUCAGAACCAGGAUGGAGAACCGAUUGCUAAGAAAAGAAUGGAUGUGAACGGAGAACAGGGUAGGAAAUCUGAAUCAGACGUGAAUGGAUCCAGAGACGCUGGGAGUGGUGCACUGGACAGGGACGUCCUGAGUCACCUGUCGAUCAUGUCGAUGAAGGCGGGUCUUUCUUUCUCACCACAAAGUGACUGGACGAAGGUCUGCAAAGAAAGGACAAGUCAGAGGUCGAGAGACGAUGAUGAAGAGGAGGAUGAAGAGGAGGAAGACGAUAAUCCAUUGAAUGUUGUCCCUGCUGAUGGAUUGACCGUCCUGGAUAUUCUCCCUUGGGAAGAUGUUUUAGUCUCCAGAAUUCUGCCCUUCAUGAGCCUCACAGACUUGUUUCAGUUGCGACAGGUGUCCUGCGGUUGCCGAGAUGCUGUAGCGAUAUUCUUUGCCUCCAAUCAUCACCUUGACCUGUCUGCUGUAGGACCUGAAUUCACCCAGGAUGCCUUUCGCGUUGUAUCUGCUGAGGCAAAGAACCUCACCACGCUGAACGUUGCCAAUUGCAAGAAGUGGAUCACUGACGAUCUAAUCCUGCCCGUCAUCGAAGCGAAUAGAAACCUGCGGGAUAUCAGCAUCUCUGAGAACUCGAGUCUGUCGACCAACGUGGUGCGGAGGAUAGCCACCAGGUGUCCAGACCUGUGCAGCCUGUCCCUUGCAGAGUGUCAACAGGUGACGUCGACAUCUGUUGAGUGUGUCGGGAUGAACUGUGACCAGCUGGAGCACCUGGACCUCAGGGGAUGCUGGGCUAUGGACGAUGAUACUCUCAGUCUGGUCCUGCAGCUACACCCACAGCUGAAGUGGUUGUCUGUAGCCAGAGCGUAUGGUGUUACAGAUCUUCUUGUGGAUCAGAUAUGUACGUACUGUCCAAACAUUGAGUACUUGGAUGUUGAAGGGUGCUGGAGAAUCACAGAUGCUGCAAUUCGCCAAUUAUGGAACUUGGAGAGCCUGAAAACUUUAAAAGUUAAAGACUGUCGCUAUAUUACAGAGAGAAGUCUCGCGAGGUUCCGCGCCAAAGGGGUUCAGAUUGAUGUAUUGCUUCCAGAAGAGAGCGAUCUCGCCAAGUUAGAGCGCCAUCUACGGGCUAGGGAGUUUGGACGAGCAAGGAGUAUACCACCCAACUUUGCGUUAUGAUGUCAUCAUGCAUUGUAUUUCAGUCUACAUACGAAUGUACAUGUACUGUAUGUGCCACAGUUAA